AUGCUUCAGAAUCCCUUCCUCAAGGGCGCAUUGCCAUGCGAGCCCUUUUGUUGCACGAAGCCCAGGCGCUCGUUUGUUUGGCCAUCCUGGCCUCAAUUCUUGAGUGGAACUUGCCCUUGGAGCUUCCCACGCUUGAGCCUCGUCGCCUUGAACUGGAGAUGCUGGCGGUGCUGCAAGCAGGGGAAGCGCGAGUGGAGGGUUUUGAAAGCAGCACCGACCGAGCUUCCACGAGAGGGGACACAGCAAGGGCGCUUCGAAACCGGCCUGCUUCAAGCUUGGCACAAAUGUGCUUCUCCAAGGCCGGAAGUCAAAGAAAUCAAGGAAUGCCUGGCAUUUCACCGUUGCACUCGACGGUUGCUGGGAGAUAAUGAGCUGCUGGUGGAUGCUGCGGGCGGUCACGGAGGUAUUGCAUUGGCCUUUCUCGCGAGCGGUCGCAUCAAGCAGGCCAUCGUGGCAGACAUCUAUCAGCCGCGAGGUUACUCCAACCUUCGAGCAGCAUGGGCUCCUGAGGCAAAAAUCGAGCAUCGGCACGUGGAUCUGCGAACUGCAGGCUGGCUGCGAACGUUGAUGGAAGAAGCUGGCGUCGAAGCUUCUCAAACCGUGGUCACGGCGUGUCACGCCUGUGGAGUUCUUGCCGAUGAGCUGAUUCACGAGUGUUUGCAAGCAGAAGUUAGCUUCGCCGUCGUGCCAUGUUGCCAUGGUGAGAAGGGAGCACGUGGAGAAAUGCUGCGGGAGCUGGCCAAGGAAUAUCAGAUGGACCGUGGACUUGCCUACGACAUGCUGCGCUUGGGAGCGAUCGAUGCAGCGCCGGGUUACAUCGCCCGGCUGAGACGAAUCGAUGCGGCCUGGCUCUUGGCAGAGCACAGCGGGUCACAGCAGACAUGCUGGCUCAACAGACGCAAGGCCAUCACACCGAAGAAUCGCAUCCUGUUGGGGCUGCGCAAGCCCGAGGAGGCAUUGUUCGGUGCGGACAUCUGCAGCAUCAGACAAUCUGUGAGCAUCUAUCGUAGGCCCAAAAACGACGAGAGCAGCGUCGCGCCAACCUUGAUCGGCUUGCCCAAACUGCUGAGUCACUUCGCAGCAGGACCUGCCGUUUCUCGAACAGGCAAAGCCACAGAAGCCAAUACGGCGUGCAUUAUGAACAUCUGUGCAGGAGCCAGCGAAGCAUCUUGA